AUGGCAUCCAACCAAAAGAACGCUGCUACCGGCCAGAACGAAACCGCGGACUCCGUCCAGUUAGUCACGAACACGCUAGGCAACACGGUCGGCGGGGUCGUGGGCACGCUCGGUAACGUCACAGGAGCAGCGCUGCGCGGCGUGGGCAAUACGCUGACAGGCGCGACGGGAGAGAUCGGGCAGCCAGUCGGCAACGUGGUGGGCGGCAUCGGGACAGGCGUCGAGAGUCUGUUCAAUAACGUGGCUAAGGGUGUGGAGGGAGCGGGAAAGCAGAAGUCACUUGGAGCUAUUCCCAGCCUCACGAUUUUGCCCGUGGGAUCUGACUGCCUUAUUACUUAA